AUGGCCGCCGCCGUGGAAAUCGACGCUGAGAUUCAGCAGCAGCUCACCAACGAGGUCAAGCUCUUCAACCGCUGGACCUAUGACGACGUUUCGGUCACAGAUAUCAGUCUUGUUGACUACAUUGGAGUUCAGGCAGCUAAACACGCUACCUUCGUCCCCCACACCGCCGGAAGAUACUCUGUAAAGAGAUUCAGAAAAGCUCAAUGCCCCAUUGUUGAGAGGCUUACAAACUCUCUCAUGAUGCACGGAAGAAACAACGGAAAGAAAUUGAUGGCAGUGAGGAUCAUCAAGCACGCCAUGGAAAUCAUCCACCUCUUGACUGACGCCAACCCAAUCCAGGUCAUCAUUGAUGCCAUUGUUAACAGUGGUCCUCGUGAAGAUGCUACUAGAAUUGGAUCUGCUGGUGUUGUCAGAAGACAAGCCGUUGAUAUCUCUCCUCUGAGACGUGUUAACCAAGCUAUCUUCUUGCUUACCACCGGUGCUCGUGAGGCUGCUUUCAGAAAUAUUAAGACUAUUGCUGAGUGUCUUGCUGAUGAAUUGAUCAACGCAGCCAAGGGCUCUUCCAACAGCUAUGCCAUCAAAAAGAAGGAUGAGAUUGAAAGAGUUGCCAAGGCUAAUCGUUAA